GUUGACCACCCUGGAGUCUCCAACCAGUUCCUCAUCAACACUAACUCGGAGCUGGCCCUCAUGUAUAACGACUCGUCGGUCCUGGAGAACCACCACCUGGCCGUGGGCUUCAAGCUGCUGCAGGAGCCCAACUGUGACAUCUUCCAGAACCUUCCCAAGAAGCAGAGACAGUCCCUCCGCAAGCUUGUCAUUGACAUGGUCCUAGCUACUGACAUGUCCAAGCACAUGACCCUGCUGGCUGAUCUGAAGACCAUGGUGGAGACCAAGAAGGUGACCAGCUCAGGAGUUCUGCUGUUAGACCAGUACACCGAACACAUCCAGGUGCUGAGGAACAUGGUUCACUGUGCAGACCUCAGUAACCCCACAAAGCCCCUGGCUAUCUACCGCCUGUGGACAGAACGCAUCAUGGAGGAGUUCUUCAGGCAGGGGGACAAGGAGAGGGAGCAGGGGAUCGAGAUCAGCCCCAUGUGUGACAAACACACUGCUUCUGUGGAGAAGAGUCAGGUGGGGUUUAUAGACUACAUUGCCCACCCCCUGUGGGAGACGUGGGCAGACCUGGUGCACCCAGAUGCCCAGGAGCUGCUGGACACCCUGGAGGACAACAGGGAGUGGUACCUCAGCACCGUGCCCCAGUCGCCCUCUCCUCCCCCGGACAGACACCUCCAGCACAGGCCCCGCUUCCAGUUCAGCAUGGAGGACCUGGAGAACGGCCACAGCCAUGCCUAUCACAACCAGAAUGGGGGGUUGAGGAGGGGGGAGGAGAAAAUUCAUAAGAUAUUCAAGAACUUCAUGAAUGUUCUAGAACUGUGA